AUGCUUCGAGUCUUUGGUGCAUUGACUGGCUCCUAUAAUACUAAGACGGUGCCAGAAGAAGAGCGCACCCAAAAAAUUCUAGAACAAGCGCAUGAUUUUGAGGUAGCCCUUAGGGCGAUGGACUUUGUUUUGGACGAUCAUGCCGAAAAGGGUCACGAACUGCUCAAAACCAACUCACGAGGAGCAUCUGGCGAUUGUACGAUUAAUGUACUAGCUCAGGGUGUUAUUGAAUUUUUAGAAGCAACUUUAGGAUUUGAGGCUAGCAUUAUGAAAAAAGCGGCGGACACAUUAUCGCAGGCCGAACAGCUCUCCGCCAAAAGUAGGCAAGCUUAUCAGAAAAUGGGGCUCAAAACAAGCUCUCUUUAUCCACCGGGAACCGAAUAUGCUGUCACGUACACUGAGGCUUGUCUUUUGCAUGCACUUUUGAUGCUUUUCAGCGAAAGUUUUGUGGAAAGUGCCAAAGCUUUGCUCAAGCUCCGGAAGGCAUAUCAAAUGUUGCAAGAAGUUUUGAAUGAGAUUAAAACAGCGCAGAUGGCAAAAAAGUCGCCGCUAUAUCAGCAGCGGGCUAAUGAGUCGACGGCGUCUUUCAUCUCUACGGACACAACUUUUACAUCGGCUGACAUUCCUUAUAAGCUUAACCCAGAAGAGGAAAAAGAUAAAGAUCUUUUAAAAUUAGCCGAGCAAGUUUACAAGAUGCGAUCGAGCCGCCUGAAGGGUUCACAUAUUGGUAACUCGCCAGCUGCCAGUAGACUUAGAAAGGAGUUAGGACUCGAAAAUUUACCCCAAGGGACUACCACUGAGCAGGACAAAAAAUCUACAGCUAAUGUUGAAGACGAAGUAGAUGAGAAUCAGGCUACGAUUGAUGAGUUCAUACACUCCGGUGUUAAUUUAUGCUUUGGAAUUCUUCAAGUUGUGCUUUCUUUGAUUCCGCCCGCAAUUGGUGCUGUUCUCUCUGUAGUUGGUUUUCAUGGGUCAAGGGAAGAAGGGUUGCGGAUGGUUUGGAAAUCGACGAGAGACAGAAAUAUUCACGGUGGAAUUGGGCUACUUGCUUUGCUCUUCUACUACGACGGACCUUUCCAAUUUACCGACGUCGAUUUCGAUAUACCAGCUACAAACAAUGAUGAGAAUUCAAAAGCUGGUGACAUGGACAAGCCAACGCUCUUGCAUCCGGGAAAAAUUCUGGAAAGUGCUUUAUUGCAGGCUCGAGCCCUCUUUCCUAACAGCGCUCUGUGGCUACUACAAGAAGCCCGCAUGCUAUCAUCUAGGGGCCGGCUCCAAGAUGCGGUUGAUUUGAUGGACUCGAUUGAUGUUGACCAAAUAGAGAUGAAACAAGUCAAGGCGCUGAUGGUUUUCGACCGGGCCCUAACACUGGUCCAUCUUCACCGGUAUGAGAGGGCCGCAGAAGACAUGUUGUCUUUGAUUGAGAUAAAUGAAUGGUCUCAUGCGUUUUACACAUAUUUUGCUGGGUGCUGCUAUCUCGAGUGUUUUCGCAUGUGCGAGAUGGACCUCAUGCCUAGAGACAAAAUGGAUUAUUUCAAAGAGCGUGCCAAGUCUCUUAUUUAUUCCGCUCCAUCCCUGGUAGGCAAGAAGAAAUUCAUGUCCAAGAAUCUUCCACUAGACAGAUUCAUGUUGAGGAAAGUCGACCAAUUCAACAAGUUCCGCCAGGAAUUCAACAUCGAAGAUCCUUUAGAUGCUAUUGGAGUUUCGCCCGUUCAUGAAUUAGAAUAUUUUUACAACGGGUUCAACCGAAUGACGGAAGAAGAUUUGCAGCUUGCUCAUAAAUUGCUCACAGUCUACCGCAACCCGUUGAUUGACGAGAAAGAUAGCGAUCAGGAAAUGAUAAAGAACUUUCUUGUUUCCAUCACAUUAAGAAGGCUAGGGCAAAUAGACGAAGGAUGCAAAAUUUUGGAUUCUCAGGUUCUGCCUCAUAUAAUGGUGGAAGAAAAUGGCAAAGUCCGCUACAUUAAAAAAACAGAAGAUCCAUGGCUAUAUCCCGCUGCACUAUACGAGCGAGCUCUAUUUACAUGGAAAAUCAGUGGACUAGACGGUCUGGAAGAAUGCAGAAAAUGGCUUAUCAGAGCCCAAGACUACGCAGAUGACUAUGAGCUCAGCACCCGCAUUGGAAUGAAAAUCAAGGCUGCUAUUGACAGGCUUGAAGACGCCUGA